AUGGGCUCUGCAGUCCGAGCUCCAACCGGGAAGCCUCUCUCUUGCCGGGGCGGGGGGGGGAGCAAGGCAGAAAACAGCCUCCGCAGGCUGGCUUGGAAAGUUCGCCUGGCCAAGGUAGACUGCGCCUAUCCGGGGAGGCUCUGCGCUGGGUCCCGGCUCUUCCCCGCCCAGCCCCUCCGGCGGGCGUUGCCUGCCCCGCAGUUCCCGGGCUGCGCCUCUCCAGGCACCGGGCGCUCUCUGCAGCUGCUGGCGGCCGGCCGAGCGCGGCUUCCCCUGGGCGGCCUCGCUUCCUCCUCCUCCGCCUCCGCCUCCUGCUUCGCCUCCGGCCCCUCCGCCUCCCGCUCCGGCCGGCUACAGAGCGCCUCGGUCGGGCCGGCCAUGGGCAGGCGCCGCCGGGCACGGGAGCCGCCCGCCCGGCCGCCGCUGCUGCUGCUGGCGCUGGCCUCCUUCUCGGCGCUCCUGCUCGCCUCGCUCAGCCUCCUGCUGGCCGCCUGGCCCCGCCACGCCGCCGGACUCGGCCGGCCGGACCCCGCCGAUGCUGCCCCCGGCGCCCUGCCGCAGAAAGUGCUGUCGGAGGAGUUGGACCCGGUGGUGCUCUCCUCCAGCUGGAACAACCAAGGGAAGUUCCUGCACCAUUUUGCCCAGCAGGGGGCGCUGCGGCAUCGAAGGCAAGCUGAGAAGGGGAAACGGGUUCGGCCUUGCCGGACGGGAAAUAUCUGUGCCGCCCACUACGAAGUGCAAGCCUCCUUUGGACGAGCUGGGAUGCAGGCAGAUGCCAACGGGACCAUCCGCGGAUGGGCGGAAGCCAAGCUGAACGCCACCAACCCCCUGCGGUACGACAACAGCCGCGGAGAGUUCACGGUGGUCAAAAGGGGCCUGUAUUACCUGUAUUGCCAGGUCCACUUCAACGAGGGGAAGACGGUCUACAUGAAGCUGGACGUGAUGCUGAGCGGCCAGCUGGCCUUGCGCUGUUUGGAGCAGUUCCCCCCCACCAGCUCCGGACCCCAGGAGGCCGAACUGCACGUCUGCCAGGUGUCCGGUCUGCUUCUCCUGCGUCCCGAAGCCUCCAUCCGUUUGCGCACCAUCCCGGAGGUCCGUCUGAAGGCUGACCGCUACCUCACCUAUUUCGGCCUCUUCCAGGUCCACUCGGCCGCAGUGGGCACAGGGAUCCACAAGCCGCUCUCCAGCGUGCAUCUGGGAGCUGGAGUUUGCAGCUGCCUUCUUCUGCCAUGUGGUGAUUUUGGGGUGUGUGUGUGGGUGUGUGUGUGUAGGUGGGUGGGUGGGGGGCAAGGACCGGCCAUGUCUGGGGGUCCCGAGUCCUCUGGGGACCACUGCCCUGCCAACUCUCCUGGAUCGGCGACAGAGCCGGGCACCCCCGCAAAGCAAGCCUGUGGGUGCCAGGCUAGAAAUUUCUGGGGGACAAAUGUGGGGGGGCUCGGGAGCCCCGGGCCCGCCCUCCCCCUUUUGAGGAUUGCAGGGGUCCCGGGUUUGGGGUCUGCCCCCCAAGAGAAGACUCCAUCCGGGAAGAAGCCGGGAAGAAGGAUGGCUGUGAAGAUUUGGAGGGGGGCCUUCAGCCCCUACCCCAAGCUGGAUUCUUUGGGGUUGAGGCAGUGCCCCCCAGCCCCCCGGGCGAUUGUGGGGGUCCUGGCAGUGGGCCUGCUGGCCUGCCUCUUCAUGCUCUUCAGCAUCCAAGCCCGCCUGGAAAAUUUGGGAGAAGACCUGGCCGCCCUACGGAGGGAAGGGAUGUGCCAGGCAUCCGGGACCCCCGAAGACCGGGACGCCCCGGAUUCACGGCAGAGGGCUGUCGAGGGUCCGGCGCCCCCCGUGCUGAGGACGAGACGGACCAGGGAUGUGAGGAAGACACCGCAGGACCCGUUUGCGCGUCAACGCAAAAAACACUCCGUCUUGCAUUUGGUCCCUGCUCGUCAUUCCAACAACGAGGAAGGAGACGCCACGGAGAUCUGGUGGUCCCCUUUCCUGCAUCAAGGCCGAGCCCUGGAGCCCAGCGGGCAAGACGUGGUGGUCCGGCACACCGGGCUCUACUUCGUCUACAGCCAGGUGCUGUUCCAUGACCCCACUUUUACCAUGGGGCAGGUCCUACGGCGAGUGGCCCUGGGCAAGCCGGACCAGAUCCUCUUCCGCUGCGUGCAGAGUAUGCCGCCCAAGGUGGAGAAGGCUUAUAACAGCUGCUACAGCGGAGGGGUUUUCCAACUGCACCAGGGGGACCGUCUGAGUCUGCGCAUCCCACGGUUCAACGCCUCCUUCGACAUCUCCACCCAUGGCACCUUCCUCGGCGUGCUCCGUUUGUAGACGUCCGAGCAUCUUUGCAGACCCCCGUCCCACCUCUGAGAAGGAUCCCCACCGCAAAUCUUGGGGGUUCUCCACCCAGAAGCGUCUCCUUCCUUGUGGAUCGUGGCUUGGCCACAAGGUAGACUUGACACAGCCGGGAGGCUCAAAAAUGCUGAAAAUUUUCCCGCAGAAAAGUGGGGCGAACCAGACUGAGCCCACCCUGGCUUAUGUUUCCGGACCACUUAGGAGAUCCUUCAGCAGGGAGAUCCCAAGAACCUGGUUUUUGAGUUUGGAUCCAGCGAGAUCGAAGUGGCAGCCAACAUUUUUUUAUACCUUUGGACCGAGGCAUGUUUAUCUCUUUUGGAAUCACGUUUUGCAAAUGUCCAGGAACCGAGGGGUCUAGCCCAGUUGUUUCUC